UAACAGGCUAGCGGCUUCGCGCAUCAUCGGUCCUGAACCCAUUUAACGCCGACAUUUACCGCUUGAAACUGGGUCGCAGUCGCUAGAUCCGCCUCGCCAGUGUCCCCGCCGCCAUGGAGGAGGAGUACUACAGCGGAGGAGGAGACUGGGAGGGAGUGGAGGGACACAUGGAGGAUGGCUAUGUUGAAGGUGAAAAUGAUGGAAAAACUCAGGAAGACUGUCUGCAGAAGUUCUCCAGCAGGGAUUACAUCAUGGAGCCCGCCAUCUUCAACACUCUGAAAACGUAUUUUCAGGCAGGAGGCUCUCCGGAGCACGUGAUCCAGCUUCUGUCUGAAAACUACUCUGCCGUGGCUCAGACCGUCAACCUGCUGGCGGAGUGGCUCAUCCAGAUGGGGGUAGAGCCGGCUCAGGUCCAAGAACGAGUAGAAAAUCAUCUCAAGAGUCUCCUGAUAAAACACUUUGACCCUCAGAAGGCUGAUUCCAUCUUCACAGUGGAGGGAGAGACUCCGGCAUGGCUCGAGCAAAUGAUUGCUCACACGACGUGGAGAGAUCUUUUCUACAAGCUGGCAGAAGCUCAUCCAGACUGCCUAAUGCUCAACUUUACUGUAAAGCUCAUUUCAGAUGCAGGUUACCAGGGAGAGAUCACCAGCGUGUCCACGGCCUGCCAGCAGCUGGAGGUCUUCUCUCGGGUGUUACGGACGUCUUUGGCCACGCUGCUCGACGGAGGGGAAGAGAACUUGGAGAAGAACUUGCCAGAAUUUGCCAAGAUGGUCUGUCACGGCGAGCACACGUACCUCUUCGCUCAGGCCAUGAUGUCCAUCCUCGCUCAGGAGGAGCAGGGAGGCUCAGCUGUUCGCAGGAUCGGACAGGAGGUGCAGAAGUCUGCACAUGCAAGAGGUCACGAUGCCAGUCAGAUCACCCUCGCGCUCGGUACGGCCGCUGCCUACCCUCGAGCCUGCCAGGCGCUCGGAGCAAUGCUGUCCAAAGGAGCUCUGAAUCCUGCCGACAUCACAGUUCUGUUCAAGAUGUUCAGCAGCAUGGACCCUCCUCCCGUGGAGCUGAUCAGAGUGCCUGCCUUUCUGGACCUCUUCAUGCAGUCACUUUUCAAACCUGGUUCAAAGAUCAACCAAGACCACAAACAUAAAUACAUCCACAUCCUGGCCUAUGCUGCCAGCGUGGUCGAGACGUGGAAAAAGAACAAACGGGUCAACAUCAAUAAAGACGAGCUGAAGUCGACUUCUAAGGCCAUCGAGACGGUGCACAACCUCUGCUGCAAUGAAAAUAAAGGAGCGACGGAGCUGGUGGCCGAGCUUGGUACUUUGUACCAAUGCAUCCGCUUUCCAGUGGUUGCGAUGGGCGUUCUGAAGUGGGUGGACUGGACGGUGUCCGAGCCGCGGUACUUCCAGCUCCAGACCGACCACACGCCGGUCCAUUUAGCUCUGCUGGAUGAGAUCUGCACAUGCCACCAGCUGCUGCACCCGCAGGUCCUCCAGCUGCUCAUCAAACUCUUCGAGACAGAGCACUCUCAGCUGGACGUCAUGGAGCAGUUGGAGUUGAAGAAGACUCUACUGGACCGAAUGGUUCACCUGCUGAGCCGUGGCUACGUCCUGCCGGUGGUCGGCUACAUUAGAAAAUGUCUGGAAAAGCUCAACACGGACAUCUCCCUCAUACGAUACUUUGUGACCGAGGUGCUGGAUGUGAUCGCACCGCCCUACACGUCGGACUUUGUCCAGCUCUUCUUGCCCAUCCUGGAGAACGACAGCAUCGCGGGGACAAUCCGGACAGAGGGAGAGCACGACCCCGUGGCUGAGUUUAUCGCUCACUGUAAGUCAAACUUCAUCAUGAUCAACUGACACGGACUUGACACUGAAAGGGUUUGAACCUGAAGCUGAAGCUGAAGCGCCAUCUCAGUGGCGGCCAAAGGCUCCGCUUGGCCCCGAUGUGCAAACCUUGGAGAUGGACUGUUUAGAGCAGAGGUGAAUGUCUGAGGCAACAAACAUGACCGAGAGGUCAGGCUUCAUAGAGGAACCUCAGAAGAUGCAGCUACAUUCUUGUUUUCCCACCUGUAUAUUUGAUUUUCUAUAUUUUAUGUUGGUUCGAGACAUUUUAAAAUAAAAGCUGACAAUGUUUGUUCUGAUG